CUAUCCCUUGUCCUUUUUUUACAAAAAAUUCUUUUACCCCAAAAUGCUUUUCUCCAUUUUAGGGUUUUAUGGUUUCUGCUUCAUUGUUCAUAUUCUGUAUGUAAAACCCACAGAGACACGCUGUCUCUCGCCAAUAUAUUAGUUCUGAAUUGUAUGAGGAGUUGGGUGCUAUUCUUUUAGCAUUUUGUGGAAUUUGAAUUUUCGGCGGUUACAACUUUCAGGCAGAUUGCGAUGGAUGCCAAAGCACCAAAUGGAGAACGCCAGCAUGUUACCAUUAAACUCUGGCCACCUAGCCAAAACACUCGGCAAAUGCUAGUGGAGCGAAUGAAGAAUAAUCUCUCAACUCCAACAAUUUUCACCACCAAGUAUGGCAGCCUCAGUGAUGUUGAGGCUUCAAAACAUGCCAAACAAAUUGAAGAAUCGGCAUUUACUAGUGCAAAUCAACAUUAUGGACAAGAACCCGAUGGUGAUGGCAGUUCUGCUGUGCAGAUGUAUGCUAGUGAAUGCAGUAAGCUCAUUCUGGAAGUUCUUAAGAACGGCCCCAGAAUACAGGAAAAAGAGUCUCUGAAACCCAAGGUUGAUUCAGCUGAAUCUUUUUUCGAUAUCUCCAAAGGUCAGCGAGCAUUUAUAGAAGAGGAUGAGGCACAAACACUUUUGAGUCCCUUAAAAGAGCCUGGAAAUUCUUACACUAAGAUAUGUUUCAGCAAUCGAAGCUUUGGUCUAGGUGCAGCCCGUGUUGCAGGGCCGAUCUUAACAUCCAUUAAAAGCCAACUGAAGGAAGUGGAUGUGUCAGAUUUUGUUGCAGGAAGACCAGAGGCGGAAGCUCUUGAUGUCAUGAGUAUCUUCUCCGAAGCUCUGGAAGGUUCUCAUUUGAGGUAUCUAAACAUCUCCGACAACGCCUUAGGUGAGAAGGGAGUCAGAGCAUUCGGGAAGCUCUUGCAGUCUCAAACUAGCUUGGAGGAAUUAUAUCUGAUGAAUGACGGCAUAUCAAAGGAAGCUGCACAGGCUGUUUGUGAGUUGGUUCCUUCCACAGAGAAGCUGAGGGUUCUUCAUUUUCAUAACAAUAUGACCGGAGACGAAGGGGCUAUUGCUAUUUCUGAGAUUCUGAGGCGUUGUCCUUCACUGGAAGAUUUUCGAUGCUCGUCUACCCGAGUUGGCUCUGAAGGCGGAGUUGCCUUGAGUGCAGCACUUGCAAAAUGCAAGAAUCUGAAGAAACUGGAUCUUCGGGACAACAUGUUUGGUAUAGAAGCUGGCGUAAAGUUGAGUGAGUCCCUCUACAAAAAUGAGUAUCUCACAGAGAUCUAUUUAAGCUACCUGAAUCUGGAAGAUGAUGGAGCAAUUGCCAUAGCCAAUGCUCUAAAAGAGGCAGCACCAUCACUCACAGUGUUGGAGAUGGCCGGAAACGACAUAACAGCUGCGGCUGCUCCGAGCAUGGCCGCUUGCAUUUCCAGAAAGACGGCUCUCACAAAGUUGAACCUGUCAGAGAAUGAUCUGAAGGAUGACGGUGCAAUUCAGAUAAGCAAAGCAUUUGGAGAAGGCCAUGACCAGUUGAAGGAGGUCGAUCUGAGCCUGAACUCUAUAAGAAUGGUUGCGGCUAGAACAUUAGCUCAGGCUUUGGUGCGUCUGCCUGGGUUCAAAUUCUUGAACGUUAAUGGGAACUUCAUUUCUGAGGAAGGUAUUGAUGAGUUGAAGGACAUCUUUAAAGAAUGCGCCGAGAAACUUGGACCCUUGGAUGAGAAUGACCCUGAUGGAGAAGAUUUCGCCGAUAAGGAGUCUGGGGAUGAAGAUGAAGAAAGUCAGGAUGAAUUGGAAGAAAAAUUAAAAAAUCUUGAUGUCAAUCGAGAAGAUUAACCACUGCCCUUUUGCAGUACUUAUUAAGAGCAGCAAUCAGUAGUUUUGAUUUAUAGCUUGUGUGGAUCUGAUAAGAGUUUUAGCAGCCUGGUGCAGUUUAAGUUUAGUAGCCAUCAGUAGUAUUGCUUUCCACGCUACCUUUAAUCUCAACUUAUUUUGUUGGGAGGUAAACAAUCGAGUCGAGUCGAUACAUUAUUAUUCAAGCUUGUUUGAAUUAUUAUCUAGUUUAAAAAAUA